AUGACUUGCUACCGAGGCUUCCUGCUGGGCAGCUGUCGGCGUGUGGCGGGCAGCCGGGCCGCGACGCUGAGGGGGCCGGGCGCAGGAGGCCCCGCCGCGCGGCCGCGGCACUUUGGGCAGGGACCGCCGCGCGAGCUGGCGGGCUGUGGCAGCCGCGCGGACGGCGGCUUCCGCCCGUCCCGGGUGGUCGUGGUGGCCAAAACCACCCGGUACGAAUUCGAACAGCAGCGGUACCGCUACGCCGAGCUCUCGGAGGAGGACCUCAAGCAGCUGCUUGCAUUAAAAGGCUCUAGCUACAGUGGAUUGCUUGAACGCCAUCAUAUUCACACCAGAAAUGUGGAGCAUAUUGUAGAUAGUUUAAGGAAUGAAGGAAUUGAAGUUCGUCUAGUGAAAAGGAGAGAGUAUGAUGAAGAGACUGUGAGAUGGGCUGAUGCUGUCAUUGCUGCUGGAGGUGAUGGCACGAUGCUUCUGGCAGCAAGCAAAGUCUUAGACAGGCUUAAACCAGUUAUUGGAGUAAACACCGACCCAGAAAGGUCAGAGGGACAUUUAUGUCUGCCUGUCCGAUACACACAUUCCUUCCCAGAAGCCUUGAAGAAGUUCUAUCGCGGGGAGUUCAGGUGGUUGUGGAGGCAGCGAAUCAGGUUAUAUCUUGAAGGGACUGGCAUCAAUCCUGUGCCUGUGGACCUUCAUGAGCAGCAGCUAAGUUUGAAUCAACACAGCAGAGCCUUCAACAUUGAACGAGUUCACGAUGAAAGGUCUGUGGCCUCAGGACCUCAGCUUUUGCCAGUGAGGGCACUAAAUGAAGUCUUCAUUGGAGAGAGUCUCUCUUCCAGAAUGUCUUAUUCUUGGGCUGUAGCAGUGGACAGUUUAAGAAGAAGUAUACCCACUCUAAAGGGACUGGCUUCCUACUAUGAGAUUUCCCUUGAUGAUGGCCCAUGGGAAAAGCAGAAGAGUUCAGGUCUCAAUUUGUGUACUGGAACAGGAUCAAAGGCCUGGUCAUUCAAUAUUAACAGGGUUGCUACUCAAGCUGUGGAAGAUGUUUUAAAUAUUGCAAGAAGACAAGGAAAUCUGAGUCUUCCAUUGGACAGGAAAUUGGUAGAGAAAGUAACAAAUGAGUAUAACGAAUCACUGCUCUACAGUCCAGAAGAACCAAAAAUUCUUUUCAGUAUCCGAGAGCCAAUAGCAAACAGAGUCUUCUCAAGCAGCCGCCAGCGUUGCUUCUCCUCAAAGGUUUGUGUCCGUUCUCGUUGCUGGGAUGCCUGUAUGGUUGUGGACGGAGGAACUUCUUUUGAAUUUAAUGAUGGAGCAGUUGCCUCAAUGAUGAUCAACAAGGAAGAUGAACUUCGAACUGUGCUGCUAGAACAGUGAAGGAUUUUCUCAGAUGGAAAAUUUUGAUUACAUGAGAAUUCUUCCUACUGUGGAACCAAACUGCUGGUCAUAAAGCUACUGUUUUUGGUUACUAUAGAAACUGGUUGCCCCUGAGCUCACAGGUGACCAAGAAAGCGAGAACUCUCCUUCUUCUGUUGAAUUGUAAUAG